AUGGAGACACUGGAGGAAGCUGAACUGUGCUUUCCACAACUCAACGCCUCAUGCGAGAAGCGCCCACGCAGUCAGUCAGAGGCCUUGCUCAUCUACUCCCUGCUGCCCUGUUUUUCUCUGCUCACUGUGGUUCUCAACUUGCUGGUCAUCAUCUCCAUCUCCCACUUCAGGCAGCUCCACACUCCCACCAACCUCCUCCUCCUCUCUCUGGCUGUGUCUGAUUUCCUCGUUGGUCUCCUCGUGGUGCCUUUUCAGAUACUUUUAAUUGAACCCUGUUGGCUCCUGGGUGACCUGGCAUGUGUGCUGUGUUCAUUCUUACCUUUUAUUAGUGUUCCUGCCACCGCAGGUAACAUGGUUCUCAUAUCAAUCGACCGUUAUGUGGCCGUUUGUGACCCUUUACGUUACCCCACCAAAUUCACUCAAAAAACAGUUAAAGGUCUAAUUCUCCUGUGUUGGGUUUACUCUGUUCUCUAUAACCUUUUGUUUUUAUUUGAUAACCUGAGGCAAACAGGCAAAUUUAACUCCUGCUAUGGAGAAUGUGUGAUUACUAUAAAUGGUACUGUUGAUCUAGUGAUGAGAUUUAUUAUUCCCAUCUCAGCCAUCAUCAUCCUGUAUGUGAGGGUGUUUGUUGUGGCUGUGUCUCAGGCUCGUUCCAUGCGCUCCCACGUUGCAGCUGUUAAACUGCAGCGUUCACUGACUGUGACUGUUCAGAGGUCAGAGCUGAAAGCAGCCAGGACUCUGGGUGUGGUUGUUGCUGUGUUUCUCAUGUGUUAUUGUCCAUAUUUUGGUGUUUCUCUUUUUGGCUCCCACUUUGUCACUGGUUCUUCAGUUAAUAUUCUUAUGUUUAAUAUGGUAGUAUUUAACUCCUGUCUGAACCCUGUAAUUUACGUCUUUGUGUAUCCCUGGUUCAGAAAAUGUAUCAAACUGACUUUUACCCUUCAGAUACUGAAGUCUCGUUCCUGUCAUGCCAAAGUACUGUAAUAAACUACUGUAUAUGUGAUUAUAAAAACAGCAAUGUGAACCAGUUCUUGUCUAUAAAGUUUCAACAUGCGCUUAUUUUAUUGUCACCUUAGUGA